CUCUCGACAUCAGCACGCGAAGACGGCAGUCAAACGGGCAAUGAGGAGGCUCCAUAUGAAUACCCCGAGGGCGGAUUGGCAGCCUGGGGAGUGGUUGGCGGAGCAUUCUGCAUGUUGAGCUGCACGUACGGACUGUGCAGCUCCGUCGGAGUGCUACAAUCAUAUUGGGAAAUCCACCAACUCAAGACAUACCCGUCAAGUACAAUUGGGUGGAUUCCAGGCCUUCUCGUUUUUCUGAAUCUUUUCCUCGGUGUUCAAAUCGGGCCAUUGUUCGAUCGAUAUGGCCCGCGCUGGAUCAUGCUAAUAGGCUCUGUGCUCUACGCUCUCUCCAUUUUCCUUUUGGGAUCAUGCAAUAGCUAUUACCAGUUCAUCCUCUGCUUGGGUGUACUGGGUGGAACCGGUAGCGCGUUAAUAUGCACGCCCACGAUGGCGGUUCUCUCGCAUUGGUUCUAUCGGCGGCGGGGUAAUGCGACUGGUAUUGCCAUGGCUGGAUCUAGUCUUGGGGGAAUUUGCUGGCCCAUUAUCUUGAGGACUACCUUUCAAAGACUUGGCUGGGCUUGGUCGAUGCGGAUUCUAGGAUUCAUGUUUGUUUUCUUCCUGACUGUCGGCAAUCUUUGCAUCAAGGGAAGACUUCCUACAAAAGCGCGGAAGGGAAGUAUAGAUCUGCACUGCUUUACAGAUUCGAGGUUUCUCUGGGCAACCACUGGUGUCUUCUUCAGCGAAAUCGUUCUUUUUGCUUCCUUGGGCUUGGUACCUUCAUAUGCCACCGCUCAAGGCUUUUCAUCGGAAACAGGUUUCUAUAUGAUGGCUGUGCUCAAUGCGGGAUCGGGAUUGGGACGAUGGCUCUCAGGAUUGGCGUCUGACCAUUUCGGCCGCUUCAAUACUAUCGCUACAAUGAUGGCUAUUACCACCGUUUUUAUUUUCGUCCUCUGGUACCCUUUCGGACAUUACCUAGGUGUUCUCUAUUGCUUCGUCGCCCUUCUUGGAUUUGGCACGGGGAGUAUCCUAAGUCUUGUUCCAGUGUGUUUGGGACAACUUUGCAAGACGGAAGAGUUUGGAAAGUGGUUCGGAACUUGCUACUUCGUUUGCAGCUUUGGGGCCAUGAUUGGAAUCCCGGUGGGAGGACAACUCCUCCAGGUGGUUGGACCAUCUGACUUGGUGGCAUUCCUUGGAGGUCUGCUUGCCAUUUCGUCCCUGAGUUUUAUGGGGGCACGGUGGGCAUGUUUGGGAUAUAGCUGGGAAUGGUGGGUGAAGGUGUAA